CCCGCUCCCCCGCUCCCCAGCUGCCCCUAUGUCUCCAGAGAGUGAUACAUGCGCGCGGUUCCUGCCGCUCAACAGCGAGCUGCACCAGCGCCACUACCAUGACCCCAAGACCCGGAAUAACACGCGCACCGUGCUGGUGAUCAACACCGGCGGCACGAUCUUCAUGCAGAAGGAUGCCACCGGGGCCCUGUGCAACUCGGCCGACUCCGUGCUGGAUGUGCUGGACAGGCUGUUCGAGCUGGACCACCCUAACAUGCCGGUUGUCCAUUGGGUGCAGGCCACCGAGCAGAUUGACUCCUCCAGCAUGAAGCCCCUGCAUUGGCUCUCCCUUGCGGAGUACAUUCACUCGAAGAAGGACAAGUACCAGGGCUUCGUGGUGACCCAUGGAACAGACACGAUGGCCUACACGGGGGCGGCCCUGUCCUUCCUGCUGCACAGCCUCCACUGCCCGGUGAUCAUCACCGGGGCGCAGGUGCCCCUCAGCCAGCCGAUGAGCGAUGGCCGCAGCAAUGUGCUGGCGGCCAUCUACCUGGCCGGCCAUUCGAAGACCCACAGGGAGGUGAGCAUCUUCUUCCAUGACGCCCUCCACCGGGGGAACCGCAGCACGAAGUUCAGCUCGACGCAGAUGAAUGCCUUCACGUCGCCGAAUGGCCAGCCUCUGAUCCGCCUGGCCGUCGACCCGGACAUUUUCCCGGGCAACGAGAAGAUCGAGCACUAUGACCACUACCGCUUCGAUUGGAAGUUCAGCAACAACAUCUAUGUCCUGCGCCUGGAGCCGUCGCAGGACCUGCGCGCCAUGCUGGCCCUCAUGCGGUUCAUCAUGGACGGCGAUGGCGAGCCGUCGGUGGUGCAGUUGCCCCCUCCGCCGGCCCUGCCGCCCUGCCAGCCGCGGGGGCAGGACGCCGGCACCCGCCCGGGGCAGGCCCCCGAGGGCCAUCCCCCGGGCCGGAAGUCCAAGAUGCGCAAGUCGCUGGACCGGACACCGCUCAGCCGGAAGGCCAUGCUGGAGGCCCAGGUCGAUGGCAAUGCCCGGCGCAUUGUGCCCACCCGGGCCAUCAUCAUCGAGGCCUUUGGCAGUGGCAAUGUGCCGGAAGGGAACCCGCUGCUGAAGCAGCUCCUCAUGGAGGCCAAGGCCAAGAAGACGGUCAUCGCCAUCACGUCGCAGUGCCUGGGUGGUCGGGUGGACAUCGGCAGCUACGCCGCCGGCUCGGACUUCAAUGCCAGCGGGUGCAUUCACACCGGCGACAUGACCUCCGAGGCGGCGUACGUCAAGCUUGCGCUGCUCCUCGGCCAGGGGGAUCUCAUCCACGAAGAGAUCAGCUUCCUGAUGACCACAAACCUCCGCGGGGAGAUCAGCCACUCGAAGAAGCACAAGAUCCAUGGCCGGCAGCCCGAUCCCCGAGAGUCCGCGGAGCAGGCCCCGGCCGAGGUGGCCACGCCGCUGCUUGUGCCCAGCCCCCUCGAAUGAGGGCGGUCGAAGGGGGGAGCGCGGGGGGGGGGGGCGUGUCCUGCUCGAUAGGGCGAGUCACACGCCGGGCGGUCCCCUUGGCAGGAGUGUCUGCCCCAGGGCGAGGCGCUCGGGCAACGUGCAUCGCCCUUUGAGAACGCCAUUCGGGCCCCUCGGCGCCUCCCUGCCCUGCUCGCUCUGUCUCGUUCUUUCCCCUGCAUGGGGAUUCCCUUGCCGCCCCUCGCCGUCCCUCGCCGCCGCCGCGCACCGAGCCGCUCGUGCAAGGGGCGUGAGGGUGUGGAGCCCGUGCGAGAUGUCUCGCCGGGAAAGCAUUCACUUGCACCGGUCAAUAAAGAUCUCCUGCUUCGGCCCGCGCGCCCGUCUCGGUCGGGACCCGAUGCCGGGCCCCGGGGCUGCCGGCAGGUGUGUGCCC